AUGUCCUUUUUGGUCAAUACGCUCCUCGCACUAUGCUUUCUUUUCAUCAGCACAUUUGCCUUCGUUCCUUCGACCCCUGUUUCUUUCGGGUUCAUCGACCGGAUGACUCCGCACAAAGCCAGGACGACCGCGCUGUCUGCUGUCAAGGAGCGUACCGCCGCCUCUGGCAAACAAGAGCAGGCACAGGAGCGCGUGGGGAUCUCUGAGGACGAUCCAAUGGUGCAACGCAUUCGCGAAGAUGUGCGCCGCGAGACCGGUGUGGACCUUGAUCAGCUUUUAAAUCCCUCCAAAGUUGUCAACUUGGAGUUCGAGCUCAUCAACCUCCGCAACGAGCGUGCCGCCGCCACGCAAGGGGGAGGAAAAGCCUUGGCCAAGCUCGAGGCGCAAAUAGAGAAGAAAGAGACGCAGUUGGCGACCGAAAAAAGGUUGGUCAUGCGUGGAUGGCUGAAGAAUCUCUUUUUGGGUCAGUCCCUCCUGGCGGUGGUGUUGUCGGGGGUGGUUGCCUAUGACGCCCUCCCCGGCUUCGAGCACUUGCCUCUACCGAUCCGUGCCUUUGCCUUCUGGAGCUUUUGGAUGUUCACCAUCCCGUCCCUCCGGGCCCGGCGUCCCGGGGCCGUGGAGAAGAAGGCAUUGGAUGUGGCUUUCUUGCUGACGCCGGUGGUAAGCCUCGGCAUGCCCUUCCUCACGCAAGACGUGCCGACCAUAUGGUGGGCGAACGCCGUGGCGACAGGGGUCAGCUAUGGCUACGCCUUUGCCUUCCAGGGGAAGGGCGAAAGGGGCGAGGGGGAGGAUGGAGGAAGCGAGGAGGAUGAGACCUUGCCAGGGCCGUUGAAGGCGGCGUUGAAGGCCCUGGAUUGGGGAUCCGGGCGGGAGCGGGGCGUGCGAAAGUGA